AUGACUGAAAAUAUUCUAUUCUACGUAUAUCGCGACUCCGGGACAUCGUCGGAAAACCUAAUACGCUCUAUUGUGGAAGAACUAAAAAGUUUUGUGUUCUGUGGAAGAGGAAUCUCGUUCGUUUCAAAAGGAUACUCGGGAAUUCCACUCCUUGGGGAGCUGCCCAUUGACUCGCCAGAAGACGAUAUAUGGAAGGUUUUAGCAAUUCUAUUCAAAAUCAGUGCUAUAGAGGAGGGACUUAUUUUCAAAGUACAUACUGAGAACUACGAUAGGAACCCGUUGGUCACAGAAGCUAGGAAAAGCGACGUCUUGCCAACUUGGGCGCACACAGCCAAACAUUUUACAGAGAAUAUAUUCGGCAUGAACGGUGUUAUCCAUCUGAUUUCACCCACCGUCGCUGACAAAUUUCCAAAGCGUUCCCAAAUCGACAUGCUACGUGCGGUACCAAACGAAACAAGGAACAUUCUGGUUACAGAGUCGCUUAGUGAAAAGCUGAAUUCAGCCGGUUCACGAAACUUUGGUAUGCAUAACACAAGUAUCAAUGUUCCCGUCUCAAUGGCGUAUGUUGCCCGCGAGCGACCGGAUAUUCUGAGUCUUGCUAUCAGAGAGUUUAUCGGAACGGACGAGAAGAAGAUCAAGGAAUUGGAGAAGAGACUCGUAGAUGAACAGGAUAGAGUGAUGAUACAUACGAUUAUUAAUGAGACUGACUGGAAGGAAGUAACGGCCGUUGCCGACAUCGAAUCGCCCACUGAUAUUGUCUCUCACCGCGUUUCACUGGCUCUCUUAGCUUUCGACGAGAAGCACUCAUCAAUUCCAAACGGUAUUGAAGUACCAGUUAGCGGGCUUUUUCAAAAAGUUUCCGAUCGCUUUGAACGCGAACAUUUGGAAUCACUGCGUGCUCAACUUUUCGGACAACCUCAAUCUUCAACCCACCUCUAUCAAACUGCCAAAGCAUUAGUGACAGGGAACCAUAUUCAGGAGUGCCGAAAGAUAUUUGUCGACGAAGGAUCAACGAGCAAUCGAGAAUCGGAUUGCUCGGGAAAUGAAGAGGAUAACAGCAAUACAAAAUAUGCGAAGAAACAGGUGUUCAAGAAGAAAAAGAGAAGUGCCUUCGGAAAAAAGCGUGAGCUUGCGGCGAUUAUCGACCACACGAAUGCUUUAGAACUACCGUCAGAACCGGAAUAUUUGCAACCCGACAAUUCGGCGUUCUUGAAGAAAUUUGAGAGAGCAGUCAAUGGGGAUGACUAUUACAAGGCCUCUUCUGACGAGUAUUCAUUGGGCGAAGAGGAAGAUCUUGAACUGUUCAUGGCCAAACCGCGGAAGAAGAUUCUCGAAGAGAUGAGAAACAAGAAGAAGGCACAGUUAGGCAUCAAGGUCUCCGAGAGAUUGCCAACGGUUUCUGACGAUGACGAAAUUGAUGUGGCCGAUAUGCUCCGUGCGGUACCGCCAAUUGCCAAUGCCGAAGAUUUUGAAGAUUUUGAUGAUAUUUAA